AUGAGCUGCCGUUGUCCGUCAACUCUUGAAAAUCAACUACUUUGGCACAACUUCAAACUAAUUGGCAGGCCCUCCCACCGCCUAUAUUUGUUACCACUGUUGUGUGUGUGCCUGUCAUUGCUAUUACAUCCCAGUUACGGGCCCUCGUUCCCUGCAUGCGAACAAGGAAGGAAAAAGGCCAGGAAAAAAAAAUUCAGAGCUCUUGUGAAUUGUUCACUAUCUUUAGGCCAAGCAGAUAACGCUAUAUAUAUAGAACAUAUUGAUUUGAUAUUAGAAAAAUAUAGUGGCGCAGGAACUUAUACGUUGAAAUUACUCCCCCCCGAGAGACGAGAGUUUGUUUUGUUUUUGAGCGAAGAGCGUUUUGUGGGUUAUAGCGCUAGCGCGAGUUACUUAUAA